AUGCCCGCUGGUGGUGCAUGUGGAUGUGGUGGAGGACUUGGUUUACCUCCGUUAUCGCUUCCACCACUUCCAUCACUUCCACCACUUCCACCACUACCGUCAUUGUUCCCGCAGCCAUGUUGUCCGCCUGGAGCUCCUCCACCAGGGCCUUGCGGAUGUCCACCUCCACCACCGCCACCCAUUGCUAACCCCUGCAUACCAGGAGGAGGAGCCGGUUGUGCACCACCACCAGUCGCUGGUUGUGCACCAGGAAUCGGCGCCGGCGGCUGCGGUGGAGGAGUAGCGCUUCCGCCUGCACCGCCACCGCCUCCAGCCGUUGGUUCUUAUGCUGUGGCUGGUUAA